UAGAAGGAAAUCACAUGAUCCAGCAGAUUGCAAAUCACUUAAGUAAAAAAAUGCUCAAGGCAAUGAGACUAUGGCCACAAACUCCUGCUUGGAAGAACAGACCUAUUUGGACAUCCCAGGUGUUUUAAUCAAGACAUUAAAGAAAAGGGCCAUUAUGGAAUUUAAAUUUAAUAUGUCUUAUUUGGAUUUUGAAUACGAUACCACCAAAUCCACUAUACAAGAGGAGUUUGAUGAAAAUGGUGUGAGCAAUAGUGCUUUUCUUUACCUACAAAUAACAAGUAUUGUAUCCUUCAGCAUAACAUUUAUCUUGGGAACUCUUGGGAAUGGACUGGUCAUCUGGAUUGCUGGAUUCAAGAUGAAGAGGAACGUGAACACUGUAUGGAUUUUGAACCUGGGUAUAGCAGACUUUGUCUUCAAUAUCUUCUUUCCAUUCCAGAUAACAGAGUGGGCAAUGAGGGGGCAUUGGCCUUUUGGGGAAAUAAUGUGCAAAGCGAUAUUUUUUCUUCUUUAUUUAAAUAUGUUCAGCAGUAUCUCAUUUUUAUUACUCAUUAGUGUAGAUCGUUGUACCUCUGUCCUGUAUCCAGUGUGGUCUAAAAAUCACAGAACACCCAGAUUGGCAGCAAUCGUUUCAGUCAUUACCUGGAUGUUAUGCUUUGCUCUCAGUUGCCCAUAUCUCCCUUAUUAUGAAGUUGUGCAUGAUCCAUAUACAAAUUUAGAACACUGUGUGCCAAUGUUCGAAGAUGGAGAUGGCAUAACAAAUUGGAAACGUAAUAGUAUGCUUAUAACUCAAUUUUUGUCUAUGUUCUUGAUCCCUUUUUCCAUUAUUUUAGUUUGCUACACUCUCAUUAUGAUCAGAAUAGGAAGAAGAAAAAGUCUCUCUGGGUCAAAUCGACCUUUCAAAAUCAUCAUUUCGAUCAUUCUCUGCUUCUUUAUCUGCUGGUUUCCUUUCCAUUUUUGGCCUCUCAUACAGAUCAUGGAUAUUGGAUUAAGCACAAAUUUGGAUUUCAUUAUGUUUCACAUUUUCUGCUGCCUGGCGUUCUUCAACAGCUGCCUUAAUCCCAUUCUUUAUGUCUUCAUUGGUCGUGAGUUCAAAACAAAUUUCAUAAAGUCCAUACCGUUCAUAUUAGAAAAUACAUUCAAACGGAUGGACACUGAUGGUGAAGAGCUCUGUGAUCAGAGUGGCACUACUGGAACCGAAGCAUCCACUUCAUACGUAUGAACUAUAAGUUCGCCUACUGUGUGUCUGUGUCCUUGUACAUUGUGCUGUGAUUAUGUAUAUACAUAUAUAUCGGGAUUUAACUAUUAAGCAUUGAAGUAUUGUACUGUUAUAUAUCUCUAUUAAACCAGAUUCUCUACCUUAUCAUACCAAUCACUCAGCUCUUUUUAUACAUUCUUUCUCUAUUUUAAUCUCUAUUUUAUUCACUUUCCCAUUGUCUCCCUGUGUACCCAAUCUCUCUGUCUCUCUUACACUCAUCCU